AUGUCAGUAUUUUUUAAAAAGUCUAUCCCAAGAGAAGUUUUAACCGAUGCGUACUCAGAAAAUUCAACAAAAGUUGUAGCCUUUUUUGUAGUUUACGUACCUUUAAGCCAUAAAUUAUAUCCAAUCGAACCUCUUCAGUUAGGGAAUACGGUAAUUGUGCAAGCAAAGCUCGAAUAUGAGAAACAAAUAACUCAAAGGCUUCCGACAGCUGAUUUAAGCAGCAGUGAUGCAAGUGGUAUUUCCCCUCCUUCUUCGGCCGAUUCAGGAGAUUCCAGUAUAGACAGACUUAUGGGACAACCUGUGUCAAGGCACAGCUUCAGUAAAAAAUUACCACCACUUCCUCCUAGCCCACCUGUACGAUCAAGAAAAGGCAGUUCAAGGUAA